AUGGCCUCCAACAGAUUGACAUACAGACGCCGCAACCCAUACAACACCAAGUCUAACAAGGUUCGCGUUGUCAAGACUCCCGGAGGAAGCUUGAGAUAUCUGCACAUCAAGAAGGCCGGCACAGCACCCAAGUGUGGUGAUUGCGGUAUCAAGUUGCCAGGUAUCCCAGCUCUACGACCCCGCGAAUACUCCCAGAUCUCCCGCCCAAAGAAGACCGUCCAGCGCGCCUACGGAGGAUCGAGAUGUGCCAACUGCGUCCGUGAUCGUAUCGUCCGAGCAUUCUUGAUUGAGGAGCAAAAGAUCGUCAAGAAGGUCCUCAAGGAGUCUCAACAAAAGAAGCGUUAA